CCUCUCCCAGAUCUUGUUUGGUUGGGUUUGGCUUAGAGCAAGGGCCCAGACGCCAGUAAAAGGCAGAAUCAGAGUUGGUAUGGAAGCUGGAGAGCUGUGUUCAUCCAUCACUGCACCCCUGGAAAAGCUUUGUUACCUACAAGAAAUUCCGUACUUUUUCCUUAUGGUGAAGAUGUCAUAACUGAUUAAAUGGGCAGCCCAGGCCAUGUGUAAAUUCCAUUUGCACCCUGGCCUCGUGGUGCAAACUGUGGGUACAACAAUUCAGAUAACUGUCUUCUGGCACCAGCGCACCUGCCACCAUCUGCUGCACAGAAGAGGAGCCGAGUACCUCUUUUCCUUCCCUGGGCAUGGCUAUGAUGUUUCUGAGGCACUGCCGCGGUACCUAAUUGCCUUGCCUUGUUCUCAGUGUAUAACGGGAAUCGGAUGAUCCUGAUCACUCUGUCAUCCUCACUUCACAGGCUGGGAGACUGAGGCAUAGAGCAACGAGCAGAACCUGGGAUUUUCACCUUGUUAGGUUGACUUCAGAGCCUGAAUUCUUGCCCAAGAAGCCUUUUCAGAGUCCAGGGGCCAUACCUCCCAGUGUGCGCUGCAUCUGCGCAGAGGCAAGAAUGACCCAAACCUGGCUUGGCAACGAUGCAAGUGUGUCAAGUCCAGCCGGGUGUAGGGCUGAGAUGAGAGGUCCCGACGCCUCGCCCCUUCUAGGAAGUGGAGGGGACCGGACUCGACCAGCGAAGGAGAAAUGCACCGCCAGGACAAGCGGCUCAGAUGGCGGCGGCAGCCGAGGUCGGGCCGGGCGGCGCAACCGGCGCAACCCGCUGCCACCGAAGUGGUGAUGGGCAAGGAGGAGGAGAUUGCGCGGAUCGCCCGGAGGCUGGACAAGAUGGUGACCAGGAAGAGCGCGGAGGGAGCCAUGGAUUUGCUGCGGGAGCUGAAGGCCAUGCCUGUUACAUUACACCUGCUCCAGUCCACCCGUGUUGGGAUGUCUGUCAAUGCCCUACGGAAGCAGAGCUCGGACGAGGAGCUCAUUGCACUGGCCAAGUCCCUCAUCAAAUCCUGGAAGAAGCUCUUGGAUGUUUCUGAUGGCAAGACCAGGGAUCAAGGGAGGGGCACACCUCUGCCCACAUCGUCCUCAAAGGAUGCCUCAGGGACUACGGAUCUCAGGCUUUGUCUCUCUAGCUGCAAGAAGCCAGACCCACCUAGAACUUCAUCCACUCCGAGGAUCACCACAUUUCCCCCAGUGCCCAUCACCUGUGAUGCUGUACGAAACAAAUGCCGUGAAAUGCUGACUUUGGCCCUGAAAACGGACCAUGAUCACAUGGCCGUCGGUGUAGACUGUGAGCAUCUGUCAGCUCAGAUUGAGGAGUGCAUCUUCCUGGAUGUGGGAAAUACAGACAUGAAGUACAAGAACCGUGUGCGGAGCCGAAUCUCCAACCUGAAAGAUGCCAAGAACCCUGGCCUGCGGCGGAAUGUGCUAUGUGGUGCCAUUACACCCCAGCAGAUAGCUGUGAUGACAUCAGAGGAGAUGGCCAGUGAUGAGCUGAAGGAGAUCCGCAAGGCCAUGACCAAGGAGGCCAUCCGUGAACAUCAGAUGGCCCGUACAGGUGGCACACAGACUGACCUGUUCACCUGCAGCAAGUGCAGGAAGAAGAACUGCACCUACACGCAGGUGCAGACCCGCAGCUCCGAUGAGCCCAUGACCACUUAUGUUGUCUGCAACGAAUGUGGGAACCGCUGGAAGUUCUGCUGAACCCUUGUACUGAUGUGUUGUAGUCCUGGCCAUGGCCAGCAUUGCCCCCUCCUGCAAUGUUCUUGGUGGACACAGCUUCUCUGGAGAUCCUCAGAAGGUGGCAUGCCCUGUCCCAGCCUGCCUGCCUGGUGUGCACCCUUCUGCCCUUUGUCCCUCAUUAUUAAAUGUAUUCUUUUGCCUUC